GCCCUGUCCAACAUGCGCACCAUCCUAUCUAAACGUGUGGGUUGGUUGGUUGACAACAAGUGACAACUUGAGUGAAUCGAAAUCUCCGCGAACGUUUCCUCGCAAGUUGCGAGUCGCAACUAUGAGUUACAAAAUCUAUCCCUUGUCUCAGUCGCUGCAGGACAAGAUCUCGGACGUGAGUGCCCGUCCAGAGCAGGGCCCCGGCUUCAAGGACGAAGUCGCAUUAUUUUUGAUAUUUAGCGGAAAAUCGAUUGGAAUGGCAGCAGGCUUUAUUGCCAUAAUUAUGGCCUUAUUAUACUACGACUACAUACUCACCAGCAAUGUGGAGGUCAUUGUAGCGAGAAUCUGGCAAAUAGUCGCAGGGUUCUUAGUGUCUUAUUGCGAGGCCCAGUGCUGCUGCAUGGAACACGUGCAAAAACUUUGCGACAUGGUGGAUCAGCGCCCCUUAUGGAACCGCGCCUUGGCCUACGUCGCAUUGGCGGCCGGCCCUGCUCUCGACCCAAAUGCCGGUAAAACAGCUCGCUGCGCGUAUCGAUCCGACGUCGCCAAACCGACAUCUCAACUGACAGCUGUGCGGCGCGUUUUGACAGUUGAAAGUGACAACUUGAGUGAAAAAUCGAAAUCUCCGCGAACGCUUCCUAGCAACAAUGGUGAGUUUUGUCCGAAAAAACCGCUUUGUUCGGGCAAUAAAGGUAAAAGUUUUUUUCAGUCGCUGCAGGACAAGAUCUCGGCCCUGAUGGCCCGUCCAGGGCAGGACCCCGUCGCCAAGGACGAUGUCCCUUGGUGGAUGAAAUUCGGCGGAAGAGGGGUCGGAACUGUAGGAGGCUUUCUUGCCAUAUUUCUGGGCGUAUGGAACUGCGUGGGCAUAAUCACCGGCAAUCUGGACGCCAUUCUGGCAGGUAUCUGGCAAAUAGUAGCAGGAUUCAUAGUGAUUUCCUGCGAGGCGCCCUGCUGCUGCAUGUUCGUGGAACACGUGCAAAAACUGAGUGACAUGGUGGAGCAGCGCCCCUACUGGAACCGCGCCUUGGCCUACGUCGUGUUGGCAGUACCGCCUAUUUUACUUGACAUAGGAUUUAGUACUAUUUUUGGAAGUGGACUUAUAUUUACCACCGGUGUCAUUUAUGGAAUGAUGGCCCUUGGGAGGAAGGCUUCCGCCGACGAUAUGCGACAGGCGGCCGUGACGGAGACAGGGCCGGCCGGGGUAAAAAGUACCCCCCACUCGGGACUGGUGGCCAACGCCCAGCCAAUGGCGUUCAGCGGGGCCCCCGUCUUCGACAGCAACGUUUAAAAUCCGGCCCUGCCCCCAUUUUACGUUUCCGUUUCCAAUUUUUUAAUCCACCGAUACGCCCCUGUAACUGUACGAUUUUGAUUCGUGCGUUUUUUAGUUUGAAACAUUCGCGCGAAUUUUAUUGGUAGUCAAUUCGCCUACUUGAUAAUGUCAUACGUCAAAACACCCAACAAAGAGGUUAUGUACAAAGUUUGACGCCCUCUGGCGGUGUUUUAAAUUAUCAAACACACGCGUUAAAAUCAUAUGCCAAAUGCCCCUCAACCUUUACUGUAAAUACUGAACUGACAGAAAAAGUGGUGUAAAUAAUUGUAUUUUUACAAAAAAAUCUUCCCAACGGUUGAGGCCUAUUUGGUAUGAGUCGAGGUUAUUUAUUUUAUACAUUAAUAUAAUUAAUUUUAAUGUUGAUAUAUUUGAGACUGUAUUAUUUAUGCUAUAAUGGUUUAGUUUUAAUUCAAACAAUGCAUGGAUUAUUUAUUUUGCUCAACUACAUACUGGGUGGCCUAAAAAGAACCCCUUUUGACUUAAGUACUUAAAAGUCCCACCUUAGCAGUAAAUAACAAAUAAUUGAGGUUAUCUAUCUGUCACUUUAACGUUUAUUUAAAAUUAUAAAAUUAGUGUUAAAAUGACAGAUAGAUAACCUCAAUUAUUUGUAUUAAAAUGUCAAAGUGUAACUUUUGCAUGUGGAGCUAUAAAACGUUCCUUUUUUGCCACCCUAUACACACAUAUUUACAUAAUGUCUGUAUCUAGGAAAGGUUAGGUCAAUUCAUAUUUAGAAGAAUCUAGAAUAGUAAUUAUGUAGUUUUGGUAAUGUGGCAACUAAAUUUUGGAGAAAUAUUCAAAAUUAGAUGCACCAUUGACUAUAAUAGUGAUCGUCUUAAGUUGGUAAUAAAACAUAUCAAUAUUUCUUUCAUUCCAUUUUGCUGCAAGUAUGCAACAAUUCUAAAAAUCUGAAGUAACUAGUCACGUAACUGAAAUUAUUCCACUGUUUGUGAUCUUUUAUAGCAUAAUUUCCUCAUUUACUUACUUCCAAAACUUAAAAACUUAUUGCCAAUUUCAGGUUUAUAUCAUUUUAUGUUUAGGAUAUGUAAUGGGUUUGUUUCUACCAAGCAUUGCUAGGUGAGGACAAACCCAAUAUUAAAAUAAAUGCAUACAUCUUUGUAUGAUUUUUCUCAUUGUAUAUUUUACCCCCCCCUUAGAAUAAGUAUACCUACAUCCCCUAAUUUAGGAAUUACUGUAUUAAUUAUUAUUAUUGUAUUGUUACAAUUGUCUGUAUAUUGUCUAUGUCUUAUUGUAGCAAUAAAGUUGUCUUAUACAUUCAAAA